GAAUUGUCGGAGGCUGGCUUGCUGUAACACGAACAUUGGAGUGUAUAGGAUUCAUAUUUAUCCUAAAAGCUCUGAUAGUGUCUCUGGUGUAUGUUUGUGUGCCACGGUUCGAUACGCCUGGCAUUUUGUACACACAAGCCGGACUUCACUUUGUGGCAGCGCUGCUUGUCCUAGUUGGUGACAUCAUUUUCGGAGUAUACAAAGCGCAGGAUGGUUACGUGAUAUCGUGGUCGCUGGUUUUGACCAUUCUAAUGAUAAUUCUUGAAAUAACGAGUGGAAUACUAGUGGUCCUACAUAGCCGCUGACAAAUUAUCUCAGUUUCAUUUGAACAAAAAUAGUUUGAUGCGCAAGGACAUCUUACUCUAGCGAAUCGAUAAGGUAAAAUUACCGAAAAAUUGAGAACCAUUUUUCAAAGGACAAGGAAAUUUGAAAGAGAAUUGCGCAGCUCGCUUAUUCAAUUCGACUUUGUUUAAUACGGCUAUCAGAUGUGACGGAAUCG